AUGAAUUUUUCUCUGCUUUCCUUUCUCCUCUACUCACUGAUUCUGCAAUCCAUCCGUGUUGUAGCUCAAACCAAAAGUACCAUAGCCAUCGGUGAUUCUUUUACUGCAGGAACCAGCACCUCCCCAUGGUUGCUUUCACCUUCGGGUGACUUUGUCUUUGGUUUUCUUCCACUCAAAGACACUAAUCUUUUUUUGCUUUCCAUUUGGUAUGCAAAAAUUUAUGAGAAAACUAUUGUGUGGUAUGCUAAUGGAGACAGUCCUGCACCAAAAGGGUCAAAAGUGCAACUCACUGCCAAAGAUGGGUUGUUGCUCACUUCUCCAAAUGGUGACAUAUUAUGGAAUACCGAGGGGCUCAACAGUGCAGUAUCUCGCGGCAUGUUCAAUGACACCGGCAACUUUGUACUUGAAGAUGGUAAUUUCAAUAGUCUUUGGGAAACUUUCAAGUUUCCUAGUGACACCUUGUUGCCAUCUCAGGUUGUUGAAAAAGGAAGAAAGCUUUCUUCAAGGCUUAAAGAGACAGAUUUCAGUAAAGGAAGGUUUGAGCUCCUUUUACAAAGUGAUGGUAAUCUUGUUAUGCAUUCUAUUAAUUUACCAUCGGGUUAUGUUAAUGAAAACUACUAUGAAAGUCAAACUGAUGGAUCUAGUAAAUCAAGUGCUGGAACUCAACUGGUUUUUGACAGAUCAGGGCACUUGUAUGUCUUGGGAGAGAACAAUGAGAAAUACAAUGUGUCAAGACAAGAGAGUAAAGUCUCUGCCACAUAUUUCUAUCUUAGAGCAACUCUUAAUUUUGAUGGAGUGUUCACACUUUACAAGCACCCAAAGAGUUCAACUAAGAGUGAAGGUUGGACCACAGUGUGGUCCAAACCUGAUAAUAUAUGUCUUUAUACGGUCAGUUCUGGUAGUGGUGUUUGUGGAUACAAUAGCUUCUGCACUUUGGGAGAUGAUAAGAGACCAACAUGUCAGUGUCCAAAAAGUUACUCACUCGUUGAUCCUAAUGAUUCAUAUGGUAGCUGUAAGCCAGAUUUCAUACAAGGAUGUGUAGAAGAAGGAGUAAGUAAAAAAAGAAACGAUCUCUAUGACUUCGAUAUUUUGAUUGACACUGAUUGGCCUCUAUCAGAUUAUGUGCUUCAAAGGCCUUUUACCGAAGAACAAUGUAGGAAAUCUUGUCUGGAAGAUUGCUUUUGUUCUGUGGCUAUUUUCAGGUUAGGUGAUAGUUGUUGGAAGAAGAAGUUACCACUCUCAAAUGGGAGAGUUGAUGCAACUCUUAAUGGGUCUAAGGCCUUCUUGAAAGUGCAAAAAGCUAAUGUCUCCCUUGGUUGA